CUGCCGCCUGCCAGCAGUUCUGAGCUGGGUUCCUCCUGAGCCUGCUCCAAGCCACUUGCCAAAGCUAAUGAAUCAAACUCAGCCUUUAUUUUAUCCUAAAACUCACCAAAUGGCAACUGCAGCAGCAACCUCGUCAUCAUGCACCACCACUCUCACUUCCACACCAACCAAGCUCCUCCUCCAUCACCACUCACUCUCACCGCCUCAAAACCUCCCAUUCCAUCACCAAUCUUCCCACUUCCAUCACCUCACUCAAUCUUACAAAAUCCCCAACAUCAUCAUUUGCCAUGCCAAGUUGGAUGCCUCAGCUGGUGAUUUUCAUGAGGAUGUUGGUGAAAUGUUCUUUGAUGAUAAUAAUGACUUGGUGGAGGACUAUGAGAGUGAUGAGGAUGAUGAUGACACUGAGAGCAGUAUUGAUUUGCUUUUCAAAUUCUUGCAAAGUAUGUUCAAGAAGAUUUCUAAGCGUGCGAAGAAGGCUUCUCGCUCCAUCUUGCCUUCUGUAAUAUCACCCCAGUUGGUGUCUUUUGCUGUUGAUGGUAUUCUGUUAUUGGCUGCACUUUCUAUCGUUAAAGCACUUCUCGAGGUGGUCUGCACCCUUGGAAGUACUGUCUUCACAGUGAUCCUGCUUCUACGUGUUGUAUGGGCAGCAAUUUCCUACUUCCAAUCAAGCGGGAACACUUUUUACCAGGGAGGAAGUUCUUUUGGUGGCGCACAGCCAGUGGGAUAGACAUAGUAUCUCCAGUGGAUGCUGGAGUCUCUUAUUUUGUUUUCCUCACUAAAUGCCACUUGGUUAAAAAUUGAUAUAGAUCCUGUAAUUGUGAGUAGAAAGUGCAAAUCUGAGUGAGUUCGUAAUUUUCAUGUUAAUUUAUACACCUUCUUUUGGCUAUUGUAAUUUGUAAUACCCAAUCAGGAAUGGAUUUAGACUAGUGGUGUUGCUUGA